AUGGCACCAACAAAACAGGAACUCUCCUUGCUCAUCAACCCCCUCGUCCCGGAAGCCGUCCAGCACAAUAACCGCGUCCUCUCCUCCCUCCACAGCCUAACAGCCUUCCUCCUCGGCCUAUCUGCCGGAAUCCUUGCUCUCCAAUCAACAGCCGGCUUCGCCUUCUACUUCGCCGGCACAGUCCUAGUAUCAGGCCUCUUCCACCUCGUCCUCCUUUCCCGCUCCGGCGGCGCCGGCGCCGGCGCCUUCUUCCCUGGCGCUGGCGGUGAGAUCGAUGGCUCGGUCGUGAUGACUAGGAGUGGGGUUGUGAAGAUGGAUUUGGGGCUGGGUGGGAAGGGGGGCUUCAUUCUUAGGAAGGGCGCUUGGAGGGAUGUUUGGUUUGGUGGUGGUGUUGUUAGUGAGGCGCUUAGUGGGUUUGUGCUCGGGUGGGCUGGUGUUGGGGGUGUCUUGAGGUGA